CUUUUAUUAUAAAGUAAAAUAAUUUAAUUAAUUAGAAGUCUCCUUACUUUCAUAAUGGGAGUUUGCCAUUCUAAAAAAUCAUAAUUAAAAACUAAUUUACAACAAGACCUUACUAUGAGUAACUAAUAAUCUCUACUUCCAAUAAAUAUCUAAAUAGACGAUAAUAAGAUAUUAGAAAAAUCACAAUAACACGAUUCAUAACAAAGUGAAGUCGAUUUAUUAGCAACGGAUGAACUUUUAAAUAACUAAUAAUAAGCAGCAAUAGACUAAUUACACAGAGAUCAAGUUAGGAGACAUGUCUAAACUUAACUACACUAAUAGGACAAUUUAAAACGAUAUUUAGUUGUCUUUGAUAAAUUAUACAAUCAAUAACGAAAAGUUCCAAUUUUAUUUUCUCUUUAAGAAAGUACUCUCUUAAAGAGGAGAAGAUCAGGUCCUUGCUGUUGA